UCUCCCGCUCUCGCUCGCUCUCCAGCUCGCUCUCCUGCUCGCGCUCCAGGGCGGGCGGUAUUUCGGUGUCGAGCAGCUCCUCCCUCUCUCCCCGGACUGAGUUGAGGGGAAACGGCGGACUCGGGACGCGCAAGCUGACAGUGGAUUUAAAUAACCGUACCGUUAAGAAGAGAACAAUUAUAACAGUAAUAACACUAACAGCAUCCGUUUGAAACAAGUGAACAGACAGAACAGCUGCGCGUAUCACCAGUUUGGACAGGACAAGUGGAUAUGCUGCCCUGACAAUGUUAAGUGGUGCCCUCUUGCUGUGAUACAAGGACACUGAUGGUAUGGGAAUUAUGGACCAAGCCAAUGGGCAGUCGAGCGUUGUCCACUUCAAUGCUACUACUUCAGAGAGAAGCAGCAGCUCCGAGUCCCUGAGUGAUAAAGGCUCCUCUGAGCUGAAGAAGAGUUUCGAUGCAGUGGUGUUUGACAUCCUCAAGGUGACGCCAGAGGAAUAUGCUAGUCAAAUAACUCUAAUGGACGCUGCAGUUUUCAAAGCUAUUCAGCCUGAGGAGCUGGCGAGUUGUGGCUGGAAUAAAAAAGAAAAGUACAGUUCUGCACCAAAUGCUGUAGCCUUUACAAGGAGGUUUAACCACGUCACCUUCUGGGUGGUUCGAGAAAUUCUUCAUGCACAAACACUGAAAAUAAGAGCAGAAGUGUUGAGUCAUUAUAUUAAAACGGGAAAGAAACUCUGUGAGCUCAAUAAUCUCCAUGCACUGAUGUCUGUAGUAUCUGGUUUACAAAGCGCACCGAUCUUCAGACUAACCAAAACAUGGGCGCUCCUAAGUCGGAAAGAUAAAACUACCUUUGAAAAAUUAGAGUACCUGAUGGCUAAGGAAGAUAAUUACAAACGGCUCCGAGAAUACAUCAGCACCUUGAGCAUGACUCCCUGUAUCCCUUAUUUGGGAAUGUAUCUGUCGGACCUGACGUACAUCGACUCUGCCUACCCCUCCACAGGCAGCAUCCUGGAGAACGAGCAGAGAUCGACUUUAAUGAACAACAUCCUGAGAAUCAUCUCAGAUCUGCAGCGAUCCUGCGAGUAUGAUAUACCAGUAUUGCCUCAUGUUCAAAAGUACUUCAACUCUGUCCAGUACAUUGAAGAACUCCAGAAAUUCGUAGAGGAUGACAACUACAAGCUGUCACUGAAGAUCGAGCCAGCCACAAGCACUCCUCGUUCCACAGCAUCUCGGGAGGAUUUAGUAGGUCCCGACUCAGUGGCCUCCCCCCAGAGUGGCCGGCGGAAUGUAGCGGGAGAGGGGGGUGCGUUAUCCAAAGUGCCCCCUACGCCCCCAUCACCCCGAAACCUCAUACCCUACGGACACAGGAAGUGCCACAGCUUGGGAUACAACUUCAUUCACAAGAUGAACACAGCAGAGUUUAAGAGCGCCACCUUCCCCAACGCAGGCUCUCGACACCUGCUGGACGACAGCGUGAUGGAGAGCCACACCUCCUCACGGGGGCAGGCUGAGAGCUCCACCCUCUCCAGCGGCAUCUCGCUAGGGAGCAGUGAAGGAUCAGAGCUCAGUGAAGAGACUUCUUGGCCUGCUUUUGAGAGGCACCGUUUCUAUCACUCCCUCGGCCCUGUAACAAGGGUGGCAAGAAACCCCCACCGAGGACACCAGAAAGCCAGCAGCUCUGCAGAGUCCGAGGACCUGGCAGUGCACCUGUACCCGGGGGCCGUGACCGUGCAGGGGGUCCUGCGAAGGAAGACCCUCCUCAAAGAGGGGAAGAAGCCAACGGUCGCCUCCUGGACAAAAUACUGGGUAGCUCUGUGUGGGACUCAGCUCUUCUACUACCCUGCCAAGUCCCUGAAAGCCACGGAGAGAAAGCAUUUCAAGUCGACCUCCAGUAAGAGCACGUCGGUACUGGGCUGGAUGGCGAUGAUGGCAGAUGACCCUGAGCACCCGGACGUGUUCCUGCUCACAGACUCUGAGCACGGAAACUCCUACAAGUACCAGGCAGGGAACAGGAUGAAUGCCUUGCUGUGGUUUAAACACCUGAGUGCUGCCUGCCAAAGCAACAGACAGCAGGUUCCGACAAAUUUAAUGUCUUUUGAGUAGCUGCUGUGAACGAAAGACCAGGUGAACUGCUGUACAGAAAAGACUGUAAGGAUAUUGGGAGAGACUGAGCCUGCAAUCACUAACCCAGUGCCACAGCAGAGCCCAGCCUCGCUGAACAAGGCAACUAAAAGCACUAACAUAUGAAGGGGAGCUGAGCCCUGCAGCUUCAGAGGGGAGACACUGAAGACUGUAUCAGAACUGCCAUGGACUGUGUGCCCACUUUGCACUGAACGUGACCUGUGGAACCACUGCCUUAAGGAAUGAGAGGGAAACAGAACCAUUAAAGAGGCUUGACACCAAGUAGUGUGCGUGUCUGUUCCAGCAGCGCAGGUCACGGUGUGAAUCUGGAGGACCUUCUCUUCAGCUCCCCCUCCCUUUUUAAACACCUGGGUGUUUUGUGUUUUAACAAAGGGGGGGUGUCUUGAUCAGACUUCUUUUUUUUUUUUUUUUCUUUCCAUCUCUGAUCAUUUGGUUGUAAUCCCCAUUAUGCUAUAUUCUCCUGUGUGAAUUUAGUUUCAAGCAAUAGGAAUGCUGUGUUACAUUUCAUUUGCAUUUGUCACGACCGCAUAGCAGACCUUAUUGAGCUGUUCUGGUAAGCUGCCAGUCGACCCACAUUCAAGUUUCAGAUGGGUUCACAAUUAGGGUUUGUUAGUUUACAUGGUUAAAACCAAGAAGUGUAGAGCCAGCACAUGGUGCAAAAAUGUGGUCUGUGUUUUACCCUGACUGCCCUGUUUUUUUUUAUUUUUAUGGAAAGGUUAUAGGAUGGGGGGCUGGUAUUUGAUAUUCAAAAGGGUUUGAAUCUUACAGGAUUUUAUAACAACUAUUUAAAUAGUUUUCAGUUUUUGAAAACUUUUUUGUGAGCACAGUUUCUAAUCACUAAUGUUAGUAAUAAACUAGUAAUCACUCACGCUGAUUCACCCUCUCAGUGCAAAGAAGCAUCAGGAGCUUUACCUCAGUGGGUGUUUGUUUGUGAACCUCGCUGUACUGCAGAGACACUAGACUGCUGCAGGUUCACUAGCGGCACAGCACUUCCACUUCUCAUUGUUAACCAGCAAAGCGGAUACAGGUUGGGGCUUCACUUUCCCUUUGUCUACUCGGUCCAUAACUCCUCUUAUAGGUCAAACUGAAAACACUUUCGGGAGUAGAAGUAGCUUGCACAUGUCGAGGUUCUUUUUGUUACAAUUGAUUUCCCAAGCGUUUGUUUUGACGCGUUUUGUACCCUUUGUUUUUUCUUCUGAUUGUUUGAUCUUUGUGCAGAUGUUCCUGUUGAGUUCUUUUUGGGCCACGCUGCUGCAGCUAGUUUGGAUUUCCAAGCUGUAUUGAUACGUGUUGGCAGGAUGCUGGGUUAUGACUUUGCAAAGCUUCAUUCGUAGAAUUACUAACGCUUCCCAGCCAUUCCAGCAGUGCAGUGCAGUGCAGUAGUAGGGCCUGUUACGUUUCCAUCACUUCAUCUGCUUACACAUUGACCCGUCAAAGCUCAAUCUAUUAGCAGACAUAGGUCAUGUUACGCUGGUAUUCUUCACAUCCAAAUCAAACUGGCUGCAAUAGAAACGAUUUUCACCCCCUGGAUACCAGUGCAGUAAUAGUUAUCAAAGAUACAAGCAACAGCUUGCUUCUAAACUCUCUUGUUGUUGUUGUUGUUGUUGUUGUUGUUGUUGUUGUUGUUGUUGUUGUUGUUGUUGUGUGUGCGAUUCACAAUGUCUGGAAUCCAAAAGAACUGGAUUAAAGAUAGAAAAGCAACUGCAAUGAUAGUGGUAUCCAGGGUUACAAAAAGAACAAGGUGGUCCUCGUCGCUCUGGUAAUAUGUACUUUGUCUUUGUGCCCCAGGGGGCUUCGGAUGCCCGACAUUAACUCUACGGUUCAGCAGCUUUGCAGCGGCACUCUGCCUCUGCCCUGGAAGCACCCAGCUUCAGCUUUGACUUGUGUUAAUAUACUUUCAACUCUCACACUGACGAGCUGUUGAGACCCUGAAGAACUGAAGGACCCAGUAUUGACAAGGAUACCGUGAAAUGAAUUCACCUUUUUGGUUUUGUUAAUUGCGACCUCUGUUGGGAUUGAUGACAUGAAUAUUUAUCAGGUUAGGAGUCUAGGUAAAUAGGAGGGACUGGAAGGUGGUGUGGUUUGUACAUGAGAAUAGUUCAGAUAAGGAGAGAUUAUACAGUGUUUCAUGUAUAGAGUGGUACCAUCCAUGCCAAAGUCGAGGCGCAUUUAAUGAGACUUUGACUUUUGAGUAAGACAAGAACAAUGUGAACCUGGUGGCUCUGUAUUCUGAAUAGGCAGGUUAGAGGCAGAGGGUGAGGGAGAGAGGUGACACAUUAAGCACAAGGAGGAAGCUGCAAGAACAGUUUACAGAGCAGUGAAGUCAUAUGCUGGUCAGCCUGUCGUCAGGGUUUGUGUGUAUGCUAGUGUGUAAAUAAAUGUGUUUUUGUUUUGUUUUAUUAGGAGUAACAAGCACAUCUGUAAUAGCUAGCUAGCUUUGCUAUACAUGGGACAUGUGCUAACCCAUGAGGGUUGUUUAAACCCCACUGGUUUAAGUAUUUGGUUUUUAGUUUUUAGUUUUUUUUUUUAAUCUGAAAUGAUUUCAUUGCAUUCAAAAGUGGCUUGAGUGUAAACUUGCUAUGGAGAACAUCUGCAAACCUGACUUGUGCAGUUUUAAAAUAAGUGUGCGUGUGUAAAUACAAAUCUUAUCCUAGAUUUGAGUUUUAAAACCAGUAAUUUGUGUCGGAAGACAUCCGCAUUCAACAGCUUGGCAAACCCCCCUUGUUGAUGUGACGGGGGUGGAUUGCCAGUUCAGCUUUGGCCACGCUAAUGUAGAUCACAUGGGAAUCCUGUGCAGUUAAACAGGCCUCUGAGACAGCUCUGCUCUCCGUCUGCUCUGCCAGAAGAUUAGUGUCGAGACACAGGGAUCAUUCUCACGGUUUCAAUUGCAAUCUUGAAGUAGCUUGCGGCCCCAUUGCUGCAAUGAGGAUAUUUCCCUCCUUACCCCCUGACGGGUGGAUGGCUCAGAGCACACUGCGUUACCCACUCUCUGCUAUCCAGUGUAGGGUCUUGAACUUGGGCCACUGGUCCAUGUAUAGUAAUGCUUUACCAAGAACUGGCCUGACGCAAGCCCCCUUUUAGGCACUCCUCCAGGAACUCCUAAUCUGAGCCAGACUGAGUUUACAUUUUAUUUAUUGGGCUUCGUCAAGUGUCAUAAAAGAGCUUGUUUAACUUUGGGGGGGAAAAAACUAGCUUAAGCACUGGCAUAAAUCAGACCCUGCUGGAUUAAUCUUCCUAAGAUCCAGUAUCUCGUGUGAUCUUUAAUAUCAGUCAUUUUUAAUAGAACACACGUUGCUAAGAAGACUAAACCCUGUUCCCCCAGACUAAGAGCGUCCAUGUGUCUCAGUCAUUGAGCCACGCUGUGAAGUCACACUACAAGCCCUUUCUGUGCUUUGGGAUUGGCAGGUGCGAAUGAUGAUGAUGCUGUACUGAGUACAGAGCUGCACUAUGACCUCUGUUGUAGAGUGAUGUGCUGUUUUUUGGGGCUUUGCUUUUUGUAUUGAUUGUUUUGUUUUCACAUAUAUAUAAGAAGUUGGAAAGCCUGUUUGUGUGCGUUUGUGAUUUUACUGUGUGUGUUUGCACAUAAGCUGUUGUUGGAACACUUUAGGUACUGAUUUAAACUAAUCUUUCCUACUGAAAUAAACUACUUGAAUUGUUA